AUGCCCAACAGAACCAUCGAUUUUCGACAACUAGUAGAAACCAAAGCUGCCCUUUUGCCAUCCUCAUCACAAAGAAAACCGCAUUCUUCACCGAGACAUCACAAAGAAACAGAUGAACACUCGUACGAUUUGUUCACCAAAGAAGCUUACCGCAUCUAUCAACACAUUACCAGUUUAAAACGAUUCUUGAUCACCAUUCGGCCUGCCUACUUGAGCACCAGUAAAAGAUCAAUGCAUCGCUCUUCUCAGCAACGUCAAACACAACAUGCACUUGAUACAGGCAACACAGAUUCGUUGUUUGCCAUCUUUGCAGCAGGUAACAACAGCUUGACAGAUAGAGAGCGCGACGAAAUUGAUUUUCAAGCCAAAUUGAUCAUCCGUCGCUGCAUUGAUCGUAUUAAAGAACUGGAGGAAUCUGAAAAGAUUCGACAACGCAAUGAAGCAUCGAAGCCAGCGAGUCGUUUGGCUCAUUUCUUGGGUACAUUGAGCCAUGGUGGUGGCGGUCAUCCUAGUGGCAGUGGCAGCAUGCCGGAAGAUGUGUUGUUUGUGCAUCGUAGCAGUAUGACAUGGUUCUUGAAUCAGCAGCUGAUGCAAGUGUCUCAAAUCCAGAAAGACCAGCAGGAAAUCCGAUUGACUCGAGAAAUUGAAAAGAGCGAGAAUCAGCUAUCGAAAUCCACCUAUGCAGAACCAGUGUAUCGUCCCGAUGUGGAUCAACAACAAGCACCUGCACCGCAAGAUGAAAACCCAUUUGAACAAGCGUUAUCGCAGGAACAGAUUCAAAUGCUGGAAAAGGAGAAUUCCAUCAUGUUGGAGGAUUUGAACAAUACCCUAAAUCAAGUAAAAAGUGCUGAAAAGGCAUUGCUCGAGAUCUCGACCCUUCAAACCCAGUUAACCAACCAUCUAGCAGCACAAACCAUCCAAACCGAUAAACUGUAUGCAGAUGCCAUUGCCACCACUGAAAAAGUCGAGCAAGGCAACCUCCAAUUGAUCACUGCACGAGAGAGAAACAAGGGCAGCCGCAACUUUAUGUUGGUCUUUUUGCUGGGCGCUAGUUUUGUGCUCUUGUUUUUGGAUUGGUAUUCUUGA